CACAAACUAGAUUUUGGGUAAACUUCUCUCUCAGUGAUAACUUUUUUGGAUUGUUUAAUUUUCUAUACACUUUGAAUAAAUGGCUUCCACACUGUCAUUUACAUCGGCACUACGUUCACCUCUCGCUCUUUCUCCAUCUUCUUACUCCCCCAAACCUACUUCGCCUUUCUCUGUCUCGUUUCCACGGAUGAGCCGUGGUAAGAUCAGAGCUCAAGACCACAGAGAUGACUCCGUUGAUGUUGUUCACCAAGGACAGAAAGGGAAUCAAGGAUCCAAUGUUGAGAAAAGACCUCAACGGUUAGCCAUGGACGUUUCUCCUUUUGGCUUGUUGGAUCCGCUCUCGCCUAUGAGGACAAUGCGUCAAAUGCUUGACACAAUGGACAGAAUGUUCGAUGACGCUGCAAUGAUUUCUCCUAGAAACAGAGGAGUAGGAAGUGGAGUUUCCGAGAUCCGUGCGCCGUGGGACAUGAAAGAAGAGGACCACGAGAUCAAGAUGCGUUUCGACAUGCCUGGUCUAUCUAAAGAAGACGUGAAAGUCUCUGUGGAAGACAACGUUCUUGUGAUCAAAGGAGAACAGAAGAAGGAAGACGAGAAUGAUUCUUGGUCAGGAAGAAGCUUUAGCUCUUAUGGUACACGACUUCAGCUCCCUGAUAACUGCGAGAAGGACAAGAUCAAAGCUGAGCUCAAGAAUGGAGUUCUGUUUAUCACCAUUCCGAAAACUAAAGUUGAACGCAAAGUCGUUGAUGUCCAGAUUCAGUGAGAAUCUAUCGAUGCUUUCCUCUGUGUUCUUGUUCUGGAGCUGUUUGUUGUACAUAAUAAGCUUGCGUUUCUCUGUCUUUGUAAUAACAAAGAGAAGAAGAUACUAUGCAUGAAUAAACCAACAUUUGAACUGAUU